AUGCAUGGCCACAGUUUCACGUACGUGCUUAACAAUGAAAGCAAUAGUAGCAAGAUUGACCAUAUCUUGAUGUUUCCUGGUUUCAUGAAUAAAUGGCCUACUGCCUCAUUCACAUCCCUGCCCAGGUCAUUGUCUGACCAUCGGCCCCUGAUCUUAACAACGUCCGAUGUUGAUUUUGGACCACCACCUUUUCGCCUAUUUUCAUCUUGGUCCCUCAAACCAGGUUUUGAUCAAGUUGUUCAAAACAGCCUGUCCACCGGUAUUUUCUUUGGCAAGCCCGGCCAAAUCCUUAAUUCAAAACUCAAAAAACUAAAACCAGACAUAAAACGUUGGAUUCGGGAAAUCUCCACUCAAGAAAACCAGGAAACCCAAUCCCUCCAAGAUCAACUUGAAAGCCUUGACCAAAUCAUCGACCACAGAGAUUUCACUGACACCGAGCAAGCCCUCUGGAUUGACACUGGUAAACUCCAAACCUUUGAAAAAGCAAAAACCAUGGACCUAAAACAAAAGUCUCGAGCAAAAUGGAUUGAGGACAGUGACGAAAAUUCUGCCUUCUUUCAUGGUUAUAUCAACAGCCGUAUUGCAAAAAACCGAUUGUGUGGCCUAGAAAUCAAUGGCAACUGCUCCUCCCACAUUGCUCUCAUUCCCAAAAAGGCAGAUGUCAGAGAACUAAAAGAUGUUCGUCCAAUCACUUUGAUUGGAUGCAUCAAGAAGACGAUAUCGAAAACCCUUGCCAACAAAUUAAAAGGUAAGUUGUCACAAGUAAUAUCCCAAAACCAAUCCGUCUUUCUCUCUGAUAGGAAUAUUCUCGAUGGCCCAUUGAUGUUAGAUGAGAUAAUUUCUUGGCUAAGGAAAAAUAAACGUGAAGCCUUUUGUCUGAAAAUUGAUUUUGAGAAAGCAUUUGAUAUUGUGAACUGGGACUUUUUGUUAUCAAUCAUGGAACAAAUGGCCUUUCCCAGCUGA